AUGAGAACAACAAAUCUGACCUAUACAUUAAUUAUUUUGUUAGGUCUCACCCAAAACCGUACGCUAUCUGAAUCAGAACAUAAUACAGCGCCAAACAGUUCCAUGAUAACAGCACCAAACGCUGGUGUGGUUCUGUUGUAUCAAGGGCAAUACAAACCAUCAAAUCGUAUAAUCUUCAGCACAGCAAUGCUUCCAAUGACGACAGCGACCUGCUAUUUAUUACCAAUUGCAGCAGCACGAAAAAUUUCAGCGUGUAACAAUUUCACUGCCAAUCUACGUUACAAACGCUCUCUACUAGCCUUCGUUACAAUUGCAGCAUCAACUUUAUCUGCAGGAUCAUCGGUAGCCGAUAUACUAAUAACACGAAACUUGCGGAAGAAGGUGGAGGAAUUCGAACAUCAGUUACAAUCAUACGCCAGUCGCGUUGAAUUGGGCGAAGCUCGAAUGGUCCAAUUUGAAAGUAAUCAAAUCCGCCUCGGAACAUCCCUACAGCAGACUGAACAUUUACUAAACUCAACAUUGGAUCGAGUCAACCAACACUCAACAAUGCUAGAAUCACAAAAUAAACUUCUCAACGAACAUCAACAACUUCUUAAGUCUUUACAACAGCGCGUCAUCGACAAUGAAGAAGCUACUGCUAUCCAAUUUCUUCACUUAGCCGUCCAUGACAUCGCCAACAACAGGCCAACACUAGCAUUUCUGCAUCCAUCAGAUAUGGACUCAGUAAUCAAAAGUAUCCUUCAACAGAAUAAUAUUUCAAUACCAGUUACAGCGGAACAGCUGCCGAUCAUCGAACUUAUUAUGAAACUAAUUUUACGGCAACAAAUUGAUUUUAUACCCGCUGAACGUUAUUCAAACACGUCCAGCAUCGAAAUUGGAAAAUUAAUGUUCACAACGUUUUAUGCUUUACCAAACGAACAAGCAUCUGAUUUCGGUAUUUACAAAAUAUUCACCAGCCCCUUUAUACAUCAUAACAAGAUCGUACGCCUAGCACAAAUGCCAGUAUAUAUUGGCAUAAAUCGCAAAGCAAAAUCUAGCAUCAGCUGGACUAAGGACGAUGUGUCAUCAUGUAUAUUUCAAUUGAUGACCACUUGUCGAGAGACACCUGCAGAAAAAGCAACCCAAUAUGGCAACGCGUGCCUAGAACAAAUUAUGACCGGAACAACGCUUACGAACUGCAGGACAGAACACACGGCGACGAAUCUCCCAUACAUUCAACAAUUGCAAAAUGGACGAUGGCUGAUAUCAACAAACAGUACGUCUCUCCAUUGCAUCAGAACACAAAUGGAAGAAAAACCUACAGAAGAAGCAGCAGUAUGGAACGAUAACACACAGCUAAUCAUCCCACCAAUAGCCAUUAUUACGGUGCAAAAUGGAACUACUGUCCAUUGUCCGGGAUUCAAUUUGCCUGGGCCAGUAAUAUCAGAAACAAGAUCAACCAUUAAUAUUAUAAAAAAUUUAUCCACAAUCGAGGAACACAGCGAAAUCAUCGAUAUACACAAGGAAAUUGACUCAAACUCUACAUGGGAGAAACUCCCAUAUAUAACAGACGAAAUUGAUCAAUUACUACAGGAAAUGUCAUCACAACAAUCACCCAACAAGCAACAAAGUGACAAUAUGCAAUGGCACAACCAACACUCCGGCAAAAUUAUGAUUUUCUUGGUCAGUGUCGUUGUUGGACUGACAGUCAUAAUUUGUCUGGUCAUAUUUCACUUGAAAAAGUCGACCGACAACAAAAUUACAAUUGCACUGCCGUAA